AUGACCACUGAGAAGAAAACUGCUGUGUACGACCCUUACGAUCCGGCCUGUCUCCCUGACUACGACCGCGACUUCAUUCAACCCGAUGAACUCGACCGAUUCGAGCGGGCGCUGAAUGCCCCAGAAGCCUCCCCAUUGACAGCAAUCAACGACUGGCGCCCAAUCAAUCAACGAGUCCGCAAGAGUCGUGGCCGUCGCAAAACACUAAAGCGAAGCAAGGAUGAAACGAGGGAAGGCGUGCUAUAUUCUGUUUUGAAAUGGCCCUUCCUCUUCAUUGUAUUCGCGUGGCUCAUAGUACUGAGCUUUGGCUAUGCUCUGGUGCGGGUCUACAUAGUAUUGUAUGAGCAGUGGGUGACGUGGCGCGGGAAGAGGGAAAGGCUGCGCCAAGAGCUAUCUGCACAGAAAAACUAUCCGGACUGGCUGAAAGCGGCGCAGGCGUUGGACGUCCAUCUCGGAACCGAAAAUUGGAAAAAGAUAGACGAAUAUGCUUACUAUGAUCACCUCACUGUCAACAAAGUGGUGUUGCAGCUGAAGCAGCGGAGGAAGGAUGCGGAGUGGGAAAUGGAAAAUGGUCGAGUCGGCUCCAGCGAGGUACCUGCUAUUGAAGAUCUCCGGGCACUUUUGGAGGCUUGCGUCAAGAACAACUUCGCGGGCGUGGAAAAUCCUCGGAUAUACAGCGAGACCUAUUCGGGGACCAAGGACCUGGUUCAGGAAUACAUCGACGAGGUGCAUGCAUGCAUACAGAUCGUUUUGGACAAUAAACAGAUUGACAAGGAUGCCAAGUAUCAUCUUUUCAAACAUCUCGAUACGAACUUCGGACGCACCGCUCUUUGUCUUUCGGGUGGGGCUACAUUCGCUUACUACCACUUCGGAGUUAUACGAGCGCUGCUGGAUAAUGAUGUCCUCCCAGAAAUCAUAACCGGCACGUCAGGCGGAGCACUGGUGGCGGGACUAGUCGCGACUCGGACCGAUGAUGAGCUGAAGCAGUUGCUCGUUCCAGCUUUAGCACAUCGGAUUCGCGCAUGCCACGAAGGGCUGACAACUUGGAUACAUCGCUGGUGGCGAACUGGUGCUCGGUUCGAUACUAUGGACUGGGCUCGGCAAUGCGCCUGGUUCUGCAGGGGCUCAACGACCUUUCGCGAAGCUUACGAGCGGACCGGGCGCAUUUUGAAUGUCACCUGCGUGCCCUCGGAUCCUCACUCACCGACUAUCCUGGCCAAUUAUCUGACAUGCCCCGAUUGCGUCAUAUGGAGUGCCGUGCUUGCUUCGGCGGCUGUUCCAGGCAUUUUGAACCCUGUUGUAUUAAUGACUAAAAAGCGUGAUGGCACGCUCGCGCCUUAUUCGUUUGGUCACAAAUGGAAGGAUGGUAGCCUGCGGACUGAUAUACCUAUCAAAGCGCUGAACCUGCAUUUCAACGUCAAUUUUACAAUCGUAUCACAGGUUAACCCUCACAUCAAUCUCUUCUUCUUUAGUUCUAGAGGGACAGUAGGGCGGCCAGUCACACACCGCAGGGGUCGUGGUUGGCGUGGCGGCUUCCUCGGCACUGCAAUCGAGCAGUACAUCAAAUUAGACCUCAACAAAUGGCUUCGAGUUCUUCGACAUUUAGAGCUCCUUCCCCGACCUAUGGGCCAAGACUGGAGCGAGAUCUGGUUGCAAAAGUUCAGUGGCACUGUGACUAUUUGGCCAAAAACCAUUCCAUCUGAUUUCAUCCACAUUCUUUCCGAUCCCACUCCUGAAAGGCUCGCCCGCAUGAUACAUGUUGGCCAGCAAAGUACUUUCUCCAAGAUUAAAUUUAUCCAAAACCGGCUUAAGAUCGAGAAUGCGAUCAUGAAAGGACUACAAGAAUCCAGGAUAGGUGGACGUGCACUCUCCCCGAUUCUCUCUCGUCGAGUCCGCGAUCGAGAAAAUGAAGAUCCUAUGGUCGAGCGUUUAGAUGAUAACCUCCCCGAGCGCGAUGGAUCUAGCUACAAGAGUGAGUCGCGUUACGGUGAGUUGUCAGAUAGCAUGUCCCAAUCCACCGGCUCGUCACGUCCUCAUACCCCGAGUUCCCGGCGGGGGAGCGUCAUUGAGGAGAUGAGACGCCAGUCUGCCGUUUUCUUUGAUGAAGCGGACUACGAUCGGGACGAAGAUGCCAUGGUCAUCUGA